UUCAAACGUUAUCGGCGGUGACCUCCAAACAUAUUAGCAAACAUUCUAUUAACCCAGUUGUAAAGAUUCACUAAAUUAACAUCGAUUUGUUGAUAAAUUUGAGUUCGAAAUUAUUAAACUAUGAAAUUACUACUUCUGUGGACGCUUCUAGUGGUUUUAAUUCCUAAAGUGUUCAGCUGGUAUGCUUUGGAAUACAUUAAUUUUACAAAAGAAACUGUUGACGAAUGCCACAGUGUUGACCCUAAGAUGGAAGUCAUGAAAAAGGGGGAAUUUCGACCAAUGAAAGAUUGUACGCAGGCAAUUUGUGGUGACAAGGGAAUUUUGUACAUGGGAUGCACCCGAUUGGAGGAUAAAAAUUGUACUCAGAUUAUAGAAGGUAAUAGUACCGCAACGUAUCCAGAUUGUUGCUCACAGUGCAUACAGCAAGUUAAUUCUACAAAAGUUACUUAGUUUUCGUUUAUAUUUUUAACACCUGAUGAUGAUAAUGAUACGAGCACUACAAUUUGGCGUUUGCAACAUUAAAAUUUUAUUGAGAA